UUCAGCUUUAAGGCAAAAGAAAAUGUCCUCCCUAAACCACACUGCUGGCAUGGAUUUCAUUCUCAUAGGACUCACGGACAACCCAGGGCUGGGGAAGAUCCUAUUUGUGUUGUUUCUGGCCAUCUACCUAAUCACUCUGGCAGGAAAUCUGUGCAUGAUUGUGCUGAUCAGAACCAAUCCCCACCUCCAGACCCCCAUGUACUUCUUCCUAGGCCACCUCUCCUUUGUAGACAUUUGCUAUUCUUCCAAUGUCACUCCAAACAUGCUGCAUGGUUUCAUCUCAGAACAGAAGACCAUCUCCUAUGCUGGGUGCUUUACUCAGUGUCUCCUCUUCAUUGCCCUGGUGAUUACUGACUUAUACAUCCUUGCUUCUAUGGCCCUGGACCGCUAUGUGGCCAUUUGCAGCCCUCUGCAUUACAGCACCAGGAUGUCCAUGAACGUUUGCAUCUCUCUGGUUGCAUUCCCCUAUGUGUUUGGUUUUAUUAAUGGGCUUUCUCAAACUCUGCUCACGUUUCACUUGUCCUUCUGUGGCUCCCAUGAAAUCAACCAUUUCUACUGUGCAGAUCCUCCUCUUAUCAUGCUGGCCUGCUCUGACACAUACGUCAAAAAGAUGGCCAUGUUUGUGGUGGCUGGCUUCACUCUCUCAAGUUCUCUCUUCAUCAUUCUUCUGUCCUAUCUCUUCAUUUUUGCAGCCAUUUUGAGGAUCUGUUCUGCUGAAGGCAGGCAAAAAGCCUUUUCUACUUGUGGUUCCCACCUGACUACAGUCACCAUAUUUUAUGGAACCCUUUUCUGCAUGUACUUAAAGCCUCCAUCAGAGAAAUCUGUAGAGCAGUCCAAAGUAAUUGCAGUUUUUUAUACUUUUUUGAGCCCACUUUUGAACCCAUUGAUCUACAGCCUAAGGAACAAGGAUGUUAUAAAUGCUAUGAAACAGGUGAUUAAGUACACAUUUUCUCAGAAAAUUUUAAUUUAG